UAGAUAGUAGAGAAGAGAGUAUAGAGAGAGAGAGAAACAUCAAAGACGGGAAUGGCGGCAGCCAACCAAGUUCCCUAAUCGGAAUACCAAAACAACAAUCAGAAACCCUAAUCCCAAUUAUCAAUCCCAAUCCUAACCCAAUUCCAAUUAUUUCAACAAACUACUUCAAAUUCAAAUUCUCACAUACAUUGGGACACUGGUCGAUACUAAAAGAGAAGGAAAUAUGAGUAAUCCCAAGGUGUUUUUAUUUGGUUCUUUUAGUGAAGAUGAGACUAAGUCUUUGAUGAAGCCUAAGUCAUCUAAGAAGGUUGUUGAGAAGGAUUUGGAGAAGAAAGUAUUCAAAUUUGGAUCUGUAGAUUUUGUCUCUGGAAAAUCUACUGGUGCUGCUUUGAAAGGAACAAGACAAGCAUCAUAUGGUGUUGCUGAACAUACUUCUCUUCAUAGUAAUGGAGUUAAGGAUAGGAAAAGGGGCAAUGCUGUUGGAAUUUCUACACCUGAGUUGGAGAAUCUAAAUGCCCUUAGAAAUGGUUUUGCUUGUUUGAAUUUGCAGAAUGGAGUACAGAAUGGUGGUAGUGUAGGAGACUUUUCGGUAUCUUUGGCGAAAAUAGAACCUAAUAAAGUUGCUAAUGGACAAGUUAUUGUUGUUGCUAAAACCUUACUGCGCCGGGGAUUAGUCAAUUUAGGAAACUUGUGUUUUCUCAAUGCAACUGUGCAAGCUCUGUUGUCUUGCUCCCUUUUUGUGCAGCUUUUGGAGGAUUUAAGACACUCAAACAUCACCAAGGCUGAAUAUCCAACAUUGUCUGCAUUUACUGAAUUUGUGAUUGAAUUUGAUAUGCCGAGCUGUUCAAACACAAGGAAGAAAGAUACCAAUGUGAUUGACGUUGGUAGGCCCUUUAGACCUGCCAUGUUUGAACAAGUACUGAAGAACUUCACUCCAGAUAUUCCAAGUGGUAUAUCAGGCAGACCAAGACAGGAAGAUGCUCAAGAGUUUCUGAGCUUUGUGAUGGAUCAAAUGCACGAUGAGCUGCUCAAGCUUGAAGGACAAUCACCUGUUGGGAGCAAAUCUUCUCUUAUAUCUUCUGUUGAAGACGAUGAGUGGGAAACGGUUGGUCCAAAGAACAAAUCUGCAGUGACAAGAACACAGAGCUUUAUUCCUUCAAAACUGAGCAAUAUCUUUGGAGGAGAAUUGAAAAGCGUUGUGAAGGCGAAAGGCAAUAGGGAGUCUGCUACCAUUCAGCCGUUUUUACUACUUCAUCUUGACAUUCACCCUGAAGCUGUAAAUACCAUUGAGGACGCAUUGAAACUGUUCUCUGCACCAGAAACUCUCGAGGGUUAUCGAGCAUCGACAACUGGGAAGAGUGGUGUUGUGACUGCAAGUAAAUCAACCAAAAUCCAAUCCCUUUCAAAAAUAUUGAUACUUCAUCUGAUGCGAUUCGGUUAUGGAAGCCAAGGAAGCACUAAGUUACUUAAGCCUGUGCGCUUUCCUCUCGAGCUGGUAUUAGGCCGCGAGCUACUCGUCCCUUCACCAUCUACCAAAGGCCGAAAAUACGAGCUUGUUGCUACAAUAACUCACCACGGAAGAGAGCCAUCGAAAGGGCAUUACACCGCGGAUGCAUGCCAUGGUAGUAGUGGGCAGUGGCUGAGAUUUGAUGAUGCAUCUGUUACAACCAUUAGCACAAGUAAAGUGUUACAUGAUCAAGCUUAUGUUCUUAUCUACAGACAAUUAUAGGAAAAAGGAAAAGGGUUACAACAGAGGAGUUUUUUUUGUCAUUAACUUCCCUCUAAAGAGGGGCUUUUGUCCCAUUCAUGUAUUUAUUUAUGGAUAUGUUAACACUAAUUAAAUAUAAUUAGCCAAAAUUAAAUUUUGGCUAGAGUAAAUGGCCUUUUUUUUAACUGUUCUUUAGUGCCAGCGGUUUUGUAACUUUUGUAAUAUAAUUAAAUUGUUGAUUAGUUUAUGAAAUACUUUCUUUUUAUUA